AUGAACCGCUUACUCCAGGCACCUCUCAGCGCAUUCUUACUACUCUCAUGCGCCUUCAAAGCUUCAGCGCAUGGCGGCGGAGAGCAUGCGAACAUCGAGGUCGCGCCGGACGCGGACUGGGCGACGCGACAUAUGGCUGAGGAGCACCACAUCUCCGGCUUUGACGCAACUACCUUCUUCAACCUGCACGACUACGACAGCACCGGCCUCUGGACAAGCGUCGACAUCCGCCGAACCUACGGCCUCUCCGACCCCUCCUCUACCGGCAUCUCCGAAACAAAAAAGGCAAUGGUCGUCCAAACCAUCCUCGACAUGUUCGAUAUCGAUAAAGAUGGCAGCAUCACUCUCUCCGAAUUCCUGAAGAAAGAUUCCGAGAACGUCAAGCUUCCGGACUUUGGCAUGGGCCCAGGCCAUCAUGGAGAUGAUGAGUACGAGUAUGAGAUUCAUCAUUGGGAGAAGUACCAUAGCGGGGAUGAUGUGAAAGAGGAGGACUUGAACCAUCCAGAGGACAUUGAGCAUUUUAAGAAACAUGAGGAGAUGGAGGCGAAGCAAGAGGAGUGGGAGAAUUUGGAGCUAAGAGGCAUCGUAGAGAAGAACAUUCCGCCCAAGUAUAGGCAGAAUUGA